AUGGCCGAAGAAUCUGCCCCAGCCCCAACCCAGCGUGUUCGCUGUUUUCUCGAUAUUUCAGUUGGCGGCAAACGCCCUGAACGUGUUGUUUUCGAGUUGUACAAUGAUAUUGUCCCGAAGACAGCAGAGAAUUUCCGUGCCCUCUGUACUGGUGAGAAGGGCAUUGGAAAGACCGGGAAGCCACUGCACUACAAAGGCUCAACUUUCCACCGCGUUAUCAAGCGCUUCAUGAUCCAGGGUGGUGACUUUACUGCUGGAAAUGGUUCGGGUGGAGAGUCAAUCUACGGCACGAAAUUUGAGGAUGAAAAUUUCGUAAAGAAGCACGACAAACCUUUCUUGCUGUCUAUGGCUAACGCUGGUCCUGGAACCAACGGCAGUCAGUUCUUCAUCACAACUGUUCCGACACCUCACCUGGAUAAUAAGCACGUUGUCUUUGGCGAGGUUCUCUCUGGGAAGAGCGUAAUCCGCAAAAUCGAGGAAAUGAAGACCGACAACACCGACAAGCCCGGCAAACCUGUCGUAAUUGAAGACUGUGGAGAACUCAAGGGGCCUGAUGCAGACGUUGCCGGGAUUCGCGGCGACGACGGCACCGGCGACAGGUAUGAGGACUUCCCCGAUGACGAGAACCCAGAAAUGGACGGUGCAACCAUUCUCCGAAUCGGAACCGAGCUCAAGGAGUUUGGCAACAAAGCGUUCAAGGCCGGCGACCUGGAGCUCGGUCUUGAGAAAUACACAAAGGGUCUCCGCUACCUUGCCGAGUACCCAGUCGCCCUCGAUAACGACCCACCAGAGCUCUUCAAGAACAUCCAGGCCCUAAAGUUUGUGCUGCUGUCUAACAGUGCAUUGUUGCAAAACAAGCAAAAGCUUUAUCGCGAGGCCGACGAAUCUGCGUCGAAGGCGUUGGACAUCCCGGACAUCACUGGCACUGAUAAGGCCAAAGCCUUGUUCCGAAGGGCUAUGGCUAAGGCUGCCUUGAAGGACGAUGAAGGCGCUUUGGAGGACCUCAAGGAGGCGGACAACUAUGCUCCCGGCGACGCGGCGAUUUUGAAGGAUCUCAACGCUGCGAAGGACAGGGUUCAUGCCAAGAAGGAGAAGGAGAAGCAGGCUUACAAGAAGUACUUUAGUUAA